AUGACAACCAUCACCUACAAAAAUCUCCCUGGUCCAGUGGGUGAAUGCCUGAAACCAUCAUCUCUAGCAACCACCGCUACAGUCCCAGUCUCUCCAACAACCUCACUCGUUUUCACCACUGGCCAUAUCGGCCUGGACUUGAAGACAGGAAAUCUUGUGAACCAUUCUGCCGAGGCUGAAUUUGAGGCUGUUUUAGAUUGCCUUGAUGCUGCCUUGAAGUAUGCCGGUGUUUUGAAUGGCUUAAGAGAAGCGUAUAAGCUAGUUGGGUACUUAACUAGCGCUGGAGAUGAAGCAAGCAUGAUGCAAGUAUUCAAACGGAAGUUCCCUGGUCACACACCCACUUGGACAAAUGUGGUGGUUAAGGAAAUUGUGGUUCCGAACAUGCGAGCUGAAUUAGCCGCUGAGGGUGUGAUCUUUCAUGGUUAG